AUGGCCAUCCUUUAUGGACCAGGGCCUUCUUUGAAAAGGGUUUGCAGCACUCUUUCAGAUACUUGUAAGAAGCUCCUAGAAAAAUGUCUCAGAAUCGUCUACCCCGUGUCUCCUGCUAGGCUUCACUGUUGCUAUGCAGUGAUCAUCGUCCUCACUGGAGCUGUGAUUGCACUUUCUGUGACUCUGUCAUUGUCAGUGAGAAAGGAAAAAAUGGCCAUUGUGAGCCCUGAAGCUGGCCAUUUCACCUGCCCAAGAGACUGGAUUGGAUUUGCAAGUAAAUGUUUUUAUUUUUCUGAACACACAAGUAACUGGACAUCCAGCCAGACCUCCUGCAUGGAGCUGGGGGCCCAUCUUGGUCACUUUGACAGUCUGGAAGAGCUGAAAUUCCUGAAUAUAUUUAAGGGGAAUUUUGCCGCCUGGAUCGGCCUGCACAGAGAGUCAUCAGAGCAGCCUUGGAUAUGGACAGACAACACUGAAUAUAACAACUUGGUUCCCACCCGAGGAGAAGGAGAAUAUGCCUACCUUAGUGACAGUGGGAUCAGCAGUGGCAGGAACAACAUACUUAGGAGGUGGAUUUGUAGCAAACCCAGCAGCUAUACUGUACAGUGUCCAGGAGUCUCACAGCUUGUGUAG